CGCUCGCUCUCAACGACCACGUUUCUUCGCGCCAACGACAGCGAUGCGACGUCUGGCUGGAAAGGGAGGCAUGGCGAUGAGCAUGCUGUGAAGCGAGACGGCCUGGACGUGCAAUCGGAACAGUCGCAUAAGGCCAUGAAGAAACAUGAGUCGCUCGAGGAUGGCAGCCAAGCGAUCAGUCGACAGGACGAGGGCGACAACAACAAGCGGGCCAAGGAGGACCAUCCCAAGGCACCAGAUCCUGUGAUCGGAAUGAACGAUGAAAGAGGCAAGGUGAGAGUU